AUGCACACAUUUUCCACAUUACCUGUCGAACUAGUUUAUCGAAUUAUGGAUCAUCAAAAUGACCGGACGCUAUUUUGUUCAAUGCAAAAUAUCUGUCGACGGCUCAAUCAGAUCCUGAGUACUUACCAGCGAUAUCAAACACUCACCACACUUCACCUCAGUGGGAACUCAAUCGGUGCUGAAGGCGCACAACACAUUGCUAAUGCGCUCGGAACGAAUACGACACUCACUACACUUAACCUCCGUUCGAACGAAAUCGGUGCUGAAGGAGCACAGCACAUUGCUAAUGCCCUCCAAACGAAGACGACACUCACCACACUCGACCUCAGUGAGAACUCAAUCGGUGCUGAAGGAGCACAACACAUUGCUAAUGCGCUGCGAACGAAUACGACACUCACCACACUUGACCUCAGUGGGAACUCAAUCGGUGCUGAAGGCGCACAACACAUUGCUAAUGCGCUCGGAACGAAUACGACACUCACCACACUUGACCUCAGUGGGAACUCAAUCGGUGCUGAAGGAGCACAACACAUUGCUAAUGCGCUCGGAACGAAUACGACACUCACCACACUUGACCUCAGUUGGAACGAAAUCGGUGCUAAAGGAGCAAAACAUAUUGCGGAUGCCCUGCGAACAAAUACUACACUAACUACACUUCACCUCAGUGGGAACCCAAUCGGUGCUGAAGGAGCACAACACAUUGCUAAUGCGCUCGGAACGAAUACGACACUCACCACACUUAGCCUCUGGCACAACCAAAUCGGUGCUGAAGGAGCACAACACAUUGCUAAUGCGCUCGGAACGAAUACGACACUCACUACACUUAACCUCCGUUCGAACGAAAUCGGUGCUGAAGGAGCACAACACAUUGCGGAUGCGUUGCGAACGAAUGCGACCCUCACCACACUGGACCUGAGUUCGAACGAAAUCGGUGAUGAAGGAGCACAACACAUUGCGGCCGUCUUGCGAACGAAUACGACACUCACCACGCUUGACCUCAGUGGGAACGAAAUCGGUGAUGAAGGAGCACAACACAUUGCGGCCGUCUUGCGAACGAAUACGACACUCACCACGCUUGACCUCAGUGGGAACCGAAUCGGCGCUGAAGGAGCACAACACAUUGCGGAUGCGUUGCGAACAAAUACGCUACAGACACUCACCACACUUGGCCUCCGUUGGAACGAAAUCGGUGAUGAAGGAGCACAACACAUUGCGGAUGCGUUGCGAAUGAAUACGACACUCACCACACUUAGCCUCUGGCACAACCAAAUCGGUGCUGAAGGAGCACAACACAUUGCUAAUGCGCUCCGAACGAAUGCGACACUAACCACACUUGACCUCGAUGAAAACGGAAUCGGUGCUGAAGGAGCACAACAUAUUGCUAAUGCGCUCCGAACGAAUACGACACUAACCACACUUCACCUCAGGUUGAACCAAAUGGGUGAUGAAAUAGCUCAACAUAUCGCAGAUGCAUUGGGGAGGAAUAUAAGGGCCAAGAUGGUAUAG